GUUCUGCAAUUUUCCAAUUUUUAAUUUGGCCUAACCAUGACGUAGCUUUUCACCUCUACACCCAUGAGAUCGGUCCAUCGCCUUCGGGGACAUGACUUCUCUUGACCGUGUUCCUAUAUGGAAUGUACCGGGGCAUCCAUAUAGGUAGUGCACACCUAGAUCUGUCAGUCACACAAUAACCAACUGACCUUUCACCUUGAAGGUCACCAACCCAGUGCAACCCAAAAACAGCAAAGUCAACCACCGCGCAAGCUUUGAAAAGAUCAUUUGACAUGGAGGAUAUCGACGACGCUCCGGUGUUUUCCUCAACGUCUCCGCUCGCAUCUCCCUUCAGUCCGGGUCAACCUCCUGUGUCGCGAACAAGCAACGGGGACAGCCAGAUAUCUACAGGAUCCCACCAGCCACUCUACCAGUCCCGUAUCCGAAUCAGCUCCAGCUGUAGUCCGUCCCAGAGUCCUGUUCUCAAGUCCAGGAUCACCAGUAGCCUGUCCUUUAACCGUGGGACCAUGCAGAUGGCUAAGGCCAAUGGGACGGCAGGACAAGGCCUCACCCGUGUCUCUUCUUUCCAGACACGACUCCAUCCUAACAGCUUCUCUUCUUCUGGACAAGGCAGUGACAGCGAGAGCCUCCACAGCUCCACCUCCAGCCUAGAGUGUCCACUUCCAACUAAGCCUUUCCAAUCGCUCCGUCCUACACAGACCUCGGUGGGCUCCGGUAUCACAAUCUCCAGUGUAACCAGCCCAGUCCUGAAAAAAUUCUCAUCUCACGGAAAUGUGUUUCAUUCAGAGAUCGAGCGACCUGGAGUCCGUCUGGUACCGGUGGCUACCAAGAACCAUGGCUCUUUGCCAUCUCUGGAUCUUCAUAUUGCUGAAGACCCGAUCCCUGACCUGGUUCCUUCUCCAGAUGCUGGAUAUCCACCCUCAGAGGGUUGGAGUUCACCAUCACCAGACUACAAACGUCCUCAGUCUAGAAACGCCAUAUCCAUCAGUCGUGAGCCUUCAUUUUCCUCUUCUUCGUCAUCAUCACCACCUACAGAAUGUACACCUCUCAACUGCAGCUUGACCUCCUCACCAUCUCCUCCUCCAGUUUUCGGGCCUGUCCAGCCAGCCACUCUUCAGAAGUUCCCGGUGUCUCUGCAGAGCUCUAUAGGAAGAUCUAGUGUUUCUGGUCCAGAGCAGCUCAACAGACCAUUGCCGCGGACCCAACUAAGAGUCAACCUUCAUUCCAAUCCUGGUGUGUCCUCUCAUCAAACCAAGGAGAAGACAGAAGUGGCCUACAAGAGUCCACCUCAGAUGUCACCUCAUCCACCUAGUGGGAGGACACCAAGUGUCAAUAACUUCACCAACCAAGUGCCACCUAUUUCUGGCAUUUUGAUGCCAGCACCCCAACAGGAAUUUGGCCAAGAAGCAAACCAUGUCAACAACAUGAAGUCUUCAGAGAUACAUUCAUCAACUGAGAGGCUCAGAUCCAUGAUGCAGAGAGCCAAUUCCUUUAACAAAGCCGAUACCGAUAUUCUACAAGAUCGGUGUGCCCGAGAGGACAUGGUCAUCGAAAAGUCAGCCGGUCGUGUAGCCGAUCUUAUAAAGAGUGUACAAGAUACCGUGGCCCAAGAAAAGCCUUCCUUUCCGAGUAGGAUACAAGGAAAUGGACAUGUGACCUCGAUCCCUUAUGCACAUGACAGCCUGCAAAACCAGAGGUUCUCAGAAGUAUCCAGGAAUGGAGUUCCUCCCCUUCAUCAUUGCUUACGUCUAGAACCCAAGACUAAGGUAAAACCAGAAGCCCCUGCAACGGUGUCGUGUAAAGAAGAAGAUGUUCAGCGGGAGUCGGUGGAAGAGAAAUUAAAGAUCACAGAUUCCCUAUUGGAAGAUCUCAGCCCCGGGCCGGAGCGUGUGAGCAGCGGCAGGAUGGAGGAGCCCCGCCUGGUGCGAGCAGCGGAGGACGCCAAGAUGUGCGAGGAUCUGGGCCGGGAGCCCUUCGGCUAUGUGGGCAUCGACUCCGUGCUGGACCAGAUGAAACGCAAGGCCAUGAAAUACGGCUUCGAGUUUAACAUCAUAGUGGUGGGUCAGAGCGGACUGGGCAAAUCCACCCUUGUGAAUACCCUGUUCAAGUCAAAGGUCAUCCGCAAAACUCCGGGCGCCGGGAUUCCCAAGACUUUGGAAAUGAAAGCGGUCAGUCAAGUGAUCGAGGAGAGAGGGAUGGAGAUGAGGCUGACGGUGAUCGACACGCCAGGAUUCGGGGAUCAGAUCAAUAACCAAAACUGUUGGGACCCAAUCAUCAAGUACAUCCAUGAGCAAUACGAGAAAUACCUGAGAGAGGAGAUCCUGGUCAACAGGAAGCGCAGAAUCCCAGACUCCCGUAUCCACAGCUGCAUCUACUUCAUUCCCCCUACAGGUCACUGGCUGAGACCGCUGGACCUCGAAUUCAUGAAACGUCUGGGCCGUAUAGUGAACGUAGUUCCGGUCAUCGCUAAAGCGGACACGCUAACGCUGGAGGAGAGGGAGGAGUUCAAACAGAGAAUAAGGAAGGACCUGCAGACCCACGGAAUCAGUGUAUACCCCCAACCAGAGCUGGACGAAGACCCCACAGAGGCGUUACUGAACGAAAAGAUCCGGCAGAAGAUUCCCUUUGCCGUAGUGGGGACGGACGAGGAGCAUCAGAUCAAUGGCAGGAGGAUCCUGGGACGGAAGACCAAGUGGGGCAUCAUAGAAGUGGAAAACACGUCGCACUGCGAAUUUGCCAAUCUGAGAGAUUUGCUUAUCAGAUCCAACCUGCAGGACCUGAAGGACAUAACCCACAACAUACACUACGAGUCCUAUCGUGUCAGCCGGCUGAACGAGAAGAUGAAUGGCACUCCAUCACAGCUGAAGGAGCCGACCAGCUUAUGAGUUGCGGGCAAUGCCUCCUGUCUGACGGACAUAUCUACUCACUGACGGAGCUAAUGGACCAACUCAGAGACACCCGAGACAAUGGUGGACUUGCCACGACGAGCUCCAAUGUAUCUGUCAACACUGCCAAUAUAUGUCACAAAUACGUCAACGCUGUGCCGAACUUCUCACAGGCAUACAACAACUCAUCGAUAAUGCCAGUCACUGCCAGUUCCAGCCAGUCUCCUAUACAGCACAACCUUGUAAUGGUCAAUGUCUACUACUCGUAAAUCCGACUAUCUGUCAAUCCUAAGCAAUGGGUAUGGGUAUGCCAACCUAAACUGGGUGACUGCCACUUGCGUUCCUCAAUAUUUGGUAUAUACACCAUGUGGUUCUACCAAGUAAACCACAAGGAGGACCAUCGAUGCUCACUGAAGUUCUUAUCCAAACACCAUUUUAUCGAACCAAGGCUAAGUUGAAUGUCUACAUGUCACUUUACCAAGGGUAUUAAACCAAUGUUCCAUGAUAGUGCCUCUGAAUCUGAAAGAUACACCAUCUCUGGAGAAUAUCCAAUAUACCCCACAAUGUCAUGACUACCAAAUUGUCUGGUCAAUAGAUGGGCAUCUCCCGGCACCGCCAUCUUGUGUGACUGGCACGGAACCCAGCAUAUUCCUUGUGUAAUGAAAUCUAUGUUGUCCCACGGGCAGAAUGUAUGCACCAGAUUGUGCCCACUGAUUGCUUGACCCAUGCCAACAGUCUGUGACCGUAACUUAGUAGCAAUAUACGACUGCAGUAUCGACCAAAAAAAGCGAGAGAGGCUGCCUGGUGUGUGACCUGCGACAUUUCUAUUUUCCUAAGAUGAUUUGUAUAUGUUUCUAUGUAUAGGACCAAGACUGUAAGGAGAGUAACUCAACAUGGAGGCCUUGUAGCUGGGUCACUAUGUCGCCGCCCUGCUGGGUGACUGAUGUCUAGACGAUGGAGAGAUUCUUCUAUGGAGAUAACAGACUUUAAAGUGAACCAGAGAGAGAAAACACAUUUAUAUAUAAUGUUAUGUCACAGAUUUUUUUUUCUUUCAGAUCUUUUUAAACAAUUUAUUUACAAUCUGAAAAUCCUUCAUCUUCAUCUGUUUUCUAUGUAAAGCGAAACCGGGUCCAUAUUUUAUCUGCUUUUAUUUUCUAUAACUGUUCCCUGAGUCUGAGAUUCUCCAUAAAUAAAAGUAAUUCCAG